AUGGUGCAGACCUGCGGGUUCAAACGUAACGAUGGCACGUUGUUCGCCUUGUUGCUGAGAUUUAGCAUGUUGUGACUAUGAAAUUGUGACCGGUGUAUCUCACAUCAUCUUCUCCACAAUAUUAUCAGAUGUUUUCAGCGUUGCUGUGAGCUGCAGGAAUCGAACAACAUGUCGGUGGAGAAAGGUUUGCUUGUGAGUUGGAGCCAUACCUCAAAGAGUUUGCUCAGCCAUUUUUUGACAGCUCUCCACAUGGUAAGAAGAUCACUGUGAAGACCGGACCUGCAAUGGAGACACUCAAGGAACUGGCAGCUGCCAGUGAACAGUUUGACAUGGUCUUCAUUGACGCUGACAAGACAAAUUACAUCAACUACUACAACUUCAUCCUGGGCAACAACCUGCUGAGGCUCCGAGGAGUCAUGUGUGUUGAUAACUCGCUGUUUAAAGCAAAGGUUUAUCUGCAGGAGACAACAGAUGAGAACGGACUGGCACUGAGAGAAUUUAACCAGUUUGUUGCCAGUGAUCCCCGUGUGGAGCAGGUCCUCAUUCCUCUGAGAGACGGCCUCAGUUUAAUUCGCCGAGUAUCUGUGACCUCUACGUGCUCAAGGACAGAGAACAAAAUAACCACAGAUGAGGUUUUCCACGGGGUCAGAGGUCGCUCCAUUCUAGAUCGCAUGCGUCUCGAUGGGAAGGUGGCUUACGUGACAGGUGCUGGUCAGGGUAUUGGCCGAGCUUUUGCCCAUGCUCUGGGUGAGGCUGGUGCCAAGGUGGCUGUUGUGGACCUGGACAGAGACAAAGCAAAGGCUGUGGCUGAGGAGCUCUUCCUCAAAGGUAUCAACGCCGUCUCAAUCACAGCUGACAUCAGCCAGGCCAAUGAUGUCCAGAAGAUGAUUGAGACCAUUGUGUCCAAAUGGGGAACGGUCCACGUCGCGUGUAACAACGCCGGCAUCAACAUGAACUCUGUGAGUGAAGACACCACUGUGGACGAGUGGGACAAAACCUUCAACGUCAACCUGCGAGGGACAUUUUUGUGCUGUCAGGCAGCAGGUCGAGUGAUGUUGAAGCAGGGAUACGGCAAAAUUAUCAACACUGCCUCCAUGGCCAGUCUAAUAGUCCCUCAUCCUCAGAAGCAGCUGUCCUACAACACCUCUAAGGCUGGAGUGGUCAAAUUGACUCAGACCCUGGGUACUGAAUGGAUCGACCGAGGCGUUCGUGUCAACUGCAUAUCACCGGGGAUUGUUGACACCCCUCUCAUCCACUCAGAGAGUCUGAGGCCCCUGGUGCAGCGCUGGCUGUCAGAUAUCCCUGCUGGUAGACUGGCUCAUGUGACAGACCUGCAAGCUGCAGUGGUCUACUUGGCAUCUGAAGCCUCUGACUACAUGACAGGGCAUAACUUAGUCAUAGAGGGUGGGCAAAGUCUGUGGUAGAGCUAGGAGAGGAGAUGUGAAAAUGGAAACUUUGCUUCUCUUCACUUUCCUGAGACUGCACAUAAGAAAACAGGGUUAUUGGUUUUAUUUUUGCAAAAUCACAUUUUAACAUUAUGAUUUAUAAAAAAAAGUUCAAAGUUUCAAAUAUUUUAUUGUAACAAUUAUACAAGAGUUCAGGGGUCCAUAGUGCCUUCACCUCUUUAUAAGAUCAUGUGUAAAAAACAUCCUUUGGAGAGAAGGCCAUGAAUCACAGACAGUAGACGUACAGCACAAUUUAUCAUGUCCGGUUUUUAAAAAAAUAAAUACAGACUGUAUCCAUCAUUUCUCGUCUCCUCAGUUUUCCCUUCAAAGUUUGGGUAAAAACACUUCUGACGCUUCUGUAGUUUCAAGUGUAGUUUCAAGUCACAGUAAAAAGGAAAACGUUUUUUUUUUUCUUUUGUUGUUGUGGCUGGUUUUUCACCUAUAUUUUUGCACAAAGCUGCCAUCUUGAAACUGUAAUGGUUUGGCUAUAUUUGUAUGUAUUAUUAUUAUUAUUUUUUUUUUUAAAAAAACCCUUUUUGCGAUUACAAAAAUGACAUUAAAAAUUAAUGUGAAGCAUGUUGGGGCUUCAAAGAGCCACACAACUAAUUCAACAUGGCUGGUUGAGUGAAGCCCAUCAGUUUACAGUCACUCCACUGUAGCAGGGAGAGGCCUGUGAGUCGUAUGAUGCACCGUCUGCACCUUGACUCCUCAUCCCCCUCCGGACUCUCAUGCCACAUAUGUACUAUUACAGCAUCCCUCUUCGCCUCUGUGCAGCACUUUGUGGCCCAAACGCUCCCCACAAGUGGCCCUUGUUAGUGCCAUCUUAAUUGCUCUAUUAACUGUUUGUGGGCUGAGAAACAAUGCUUAAAAGGAGGGUCAGCUGAGGACGUGACCCUGGUCACUGCAAUUAUACAGAAAGUAGUCGUUCAUUAAAACUCUCUGCAAUGUGACUCUGUUGCUGUUUGCGUAAGAAACUUCAAUUUCUGGCUGUUAGUGACCGUUCUCUGAAUUUACAUAAUUGGAGGAUUGGUCAUUAACGGGGAUGGCUUGUAAGAGGAUCCCAUUAAGAUAUGGAGUGAGAUCUGAUCAUCGUCUCUGCUCUGCGCCAUUUAUCUCCAGCUGCACGGGCACAAAGUUAUUAUUAGGAUUGUUAUCCUCGUUUUUACGACCAAAUAUCAAAACUUCGGCACAGCAUGUGUAUGUUUGCAGAAUAGUUCCGAGAAAAGACGACGACGCUCCUUUGAGAUUAUUUCCACAUCUUACCACAAAGGGGCAGUAUAACGACGGCCAGCAUUAAACCCCAGAUACAAAGUAAAUGGAAGUUACUGUAUCAUAUUAUUUGCAAUCUUUUCUGUAAUACCAGUGUCUUUAGCCCUAUGUGUGUAUGAAGAGAUUGUGAUAAAAUAAAAUUCACCUUUCUUUAAUUCGGCUAAACAA